AUGCCAUUCCCUCCAGGUUUUCGGCUUUUUCGCAACACAAUGUCUGGCGAGAAGAUCCUCGAAGGCGUAUUCGCCGUCCACAAGCCGCAAGGCGUAACCUCCGCCGACGUGAUCCGCACUUUGCAGAAACACUUCAACCCCUCCAAGACAUUCAGACCAUGGCUAGAAGAGGAACGCGCGCGCCGCGACCGUGAGAGCCAAUUCCAGCGCAAACGCCGUCGCCACCAGCGCCUCGACGUCAAGAUCGGUCACGGCGGAACCCUGGACCCGCUCGCGACAGGCGUGCUCAUCACCGGAAUUGGCAAGGGCACAAAGUCCCUCCAGGAUUUCCUGGCAUGCACCAAGAGCUACGAAACCAUUGUGACCUUCGGCGCGGAGACGGAUACCUACGACCGCCUGGGAAAAAUCGUGCGCCGCGCGCCCUACGAACACAUCACGCGCGAAGCAGUCGAGAAGGCGCUGGAACAGUUCCGCGGAAAGAUCAUGCAGAAGCCGCCUAUUUUCUCUGCUUUGCGGGUGAAUGGAAAGAAGCUGUACGAGUAUGCGCGCGAGGGCAAGAUGCCGCCGAUUGAGAUUAAGCACCGCCCCGUUGAGGUCUUAAAUAUGGAGAUUGUUGAGUGGUAUGAGCCCGGCACGCACGAGUACAAAUGGCCCGAGGAGGAGAUGACUGGUGAUGAGAAGGCUGUCGCUGAGAAGCUUCUUGAUCAGGAAGCGUCUGCGCCAUCAGCCGAGGGUGAGGCUACGAGCGAUGUCCCCGAGGCUUCUUCUACCAAGCGGAAGUCGCCACCCCCUGCGGAUGAGGGAAAUGAUGAUAGUGCGGAGGCUACUAAGAAGCAGAAGGUGUCUGAGACCGAGGCAGCGCCUGCGGUACCUGAGCCUACUGCCCCCGAACCUGCAACCGCAGAGGUCCCUGUUGUGCCUGCAGAGGAGCCCCAGCCCCAGCCCCCGGCUGUUAAGAUCAAGAUGACUGUCACGUCAGGCUUCUAUGUCCGCUCGCUGGCACAUGAUCUAGGCAAAGCUGUUGGUAGCUGUGCUCUGAUGAGCGAGCUAGUGCGCAGUCGUCAAGGUGACUAUGAACUCUCCCCCGACAGGGUUCUGGAGUACAAGGACCUUGAGGCCGGUGAAGAGGUCUGGGGACCGAAGGUAGAGAAGUUCUUGUCAGAGUGGGAGGAGAAGAGAGCCGCUAAGGCUGAAGCCGAAGCAGCUCAAUAG